AGUCGUAGUCGUAGUCGUAGUCGUAGUCGUAGUCGUAGUCGUAGUCGUAGUCGUAGUCGUAGUCGUAGUCGUAGUCGUAGUCGUAGUCGUAGUCGUAGUCGUAGUCGUAGUCGUAGUCGUAGUCGUAGUCGUAGUCGUAGUCGUAGUCGUAGUCGUAGUCGUAGUCGUAGUCGUAGUCGUAGUCGUAGUCGUAGUCGUAGUCGUAGUCGUAGUCGUAGUCGUAGUCGUAGUCGUAGUCGUAGUCGUAGUCGUAGUCGUAGUCGUAGUCGUAGUCGUAGUCGUAGUCGUAGUCGUAGUCGUAGUCGUAGUCGUAGUCGUAGUCGUAGUCGUAGUCGUAGUCGUAGUCGUAGUCGUAGUCGUAGUCGUAGUCGUAGUCGUAGUCGUAGUCGUAGUCGUAGUCGUAGUCGUAGUCGUAGUCGUAGUCGUAGUCGUAGUCGUAGUCGUAGUCGUAGUCGUAGUCGUAGUCGUAGUCGUAGUCGUAGUCGUAGUCGUAGUCGUAGUCGUAGUCGUAGUCGUAGUCGUAGUCGUAGUCGUAGUCGUAGUCGUAGUCGUAGUCGUAGUCGUAGUCGUAGUCGUAGUCGUAGUCGUAGUCGUAGUCGUAGUCGUAGUCGUAGUCGUAGUCGUAGUCGUAGUCGUAGUCGUAGUCGUAGUCGUAGUCGUAGUCGUAGUCGUAGUCGUAGUCGUAGUCGUAGUCGUAGUCGUAGUCGUAGUCGUAGUCGUAGUCGUAGUCGUAGUCGUAGUCGUAGUCGUAGUCGUAGUCGUAGUCGUAGUCGUAGUCGUAGUCGUAGUCGUAGUCGUAGUCGUAGUCGUAGUCGUAGUCGUAGUCGUAGUCGUAGUCGUAGUCGUAGUCGUAGU